AUGAUCUUUCCGGCCAUGAACGUCCAGGACAAGGAUGCGAUUUCGGUAGAAGAUCUGAAGUGGCUCGAGAUGGAGCAGCGCCGGCAGAAGCGAAAAGAGCUCGCCAAGAAGAAAGCCUUGCAGGAGAACCACACAAGGAACAAGGACGCCAACUUCAAGGGACGCGAGGAAUGGACAAAAGAGUAUCCGGACCGCUGGAAGAUCGGGGGAGAGCUGACAUUCGAUGCUGAGAGUGAUUCGGCCCCGCGACCAUGCAAGGCUAGCUGGAAAGAUGGAAGCGGCACCGCAUGGCUACUUUGGUGUGACGUCGCACUGCCUGGGACCACUGGUGACAGCAGCACUUGGAAAGCCAGCUCCGUGACGAUCUGCGGCUUGGAUGGCGAGACCCUCGGAACGUAUGAGAUCAAUGCCGGCACCGUGGCGGACCUCUGCGCCAAGCUGGCCAAGGAGAUCAGCGUGCCAGCCUCCUGUUUUCUGGAGCUCUCCUACAAGGAGAAGAAGCUCGAUCCAGAGCUUGCUUUGGAGGUUCAAGGCGUCGGAGAUGGUGCCACGCUGACUCUUGUGAAGACGAAAGGUCGCUCCGUGGUGGGAUGUCACACAUUCAACAUGAGAUCCUACCCAGAGGACCGGUACAGCGAGUGGCAGGAGAUCGAGCUCAAGGAGGAUCAUUCCUGCACCUUCGCCACAGUCCAAGCAGGGCCUGGCCGGUGCAGCGACGUCUCCACAACCACAAAGAAAGUCGAGAGGCACGGCACUUGGGCUGCGUCCUCGCGCACUCCCAAAACGGCCACGGUGGUCAUCCAGUGGGAUGACGGGAAGAGUGAGACGCAGACCUUCGACGUCUAA